AUGGUGAGCUCGAGGAACAGACGACCAGUGCGGCGCUUGCGGGAACGUUCUUGUGGGAGGGCAUCUCCAUUUCGUUCGAGAGGUCUUGAGCCCAUCGCAAAUGCUUGCAAGUCGAGGCAAGCGAGUAGUGCAAGGAGCGAGGGGUUUCAUCCUUCUGAUAAAGAGGCGUAUUUGUGUGUAUGGUUAGCCGUAUUAACCCGCGCCCGCCGUCCAAUGAGAAGGCCCGGCUCAGCGCAUGCGAUGUUGCGCGGCCGGCCAUUGGGCGACGGCGGCUCGGCGGUCGGUGUGGCCCCGCGGCGGGACCGCGGCGCUGCGCUGCGGGGGCGGGAGCUGGAGCGCGGGUGGGAAACUGCGGCGAUGACUCAUCGAUCACGAGUGGGAGUCCGGUGGGAGAAGCGGUGGGGACGACAUGGGGUUCGCUGGAGAGAGGGGGCGCCGUCCCCUUGGUCGGGGCAACUGAGGGCCCUCGAGUUGGCCGGCGGCGGCGUGCGUGCACGCUCGAAGCCCUUUAUGGGACAUUUUUGGAGAUUCGACUGCAUUAUUCGGUCAAAUAAAGUUCUAAACUUUUUGUGUAUUGCCACCUUCGCCUCAGCUUUUGUUUGCGACGUGUUUGAAUGA